AUGAGAGAUGGUGUAACCAAACACGGUGUUGGAAAAUGGCGCAUAAUUCUCAGUGAUCCUGAGUUUAGCAUUUGGCGCACAAUUCUCAGUGAUCCUGAGUUCAGCACUGUGUUGGUUCAAGCCUCGGUUACCAUGGCAACAAUAGUGCGAAAGCAAUUAUCAACCAAUAUAGUGUCCAAGUACCGGACUGUAGUGGUGGAAUUCAAGUACCACAAGGUGCAAGUGGUUACUUUAGCAAUAGCCGGGAGCCUUUCAAUCAAGAACGAGGAGGUUCAAGUCUCGGUUACUCUAGCUACAAUAGUUCCAAACCAAGGACUCGCAGGUUCAAGUAAGCACUUGAGGAAUAGUUGGAAGGCCCUGAAUCAAGAACCAACAGGUGUAUUUGGAACUGCACUAUAUGGCUUUGGAAAUGCUGGCAAUAUGGGUGACAGGCACCAACUGUAUUAG